AUGAUUGGAGAUUGGAUUAAAUUGUACUAUAUUGGAAUUGUUAGCAAUAGGAAGGAUGGCAUUAUCCUCGGUCAUGAUCUAACCACCUCAGUGAUAGAAGUUAAUAGGAUCUCUGAUAGACUAAUGAAGAUAAAACUCUGCAUUGGUCAAUCAAUACUAAACAUCCUUUCAGUAUAUGCUCCUCAAACGGGUUGCAAAGAAGAGGAGAAAGAUGACUUUAGAGAUAUCCUUGAUGAAGCUGUAAUGGAAAUCCCUAAGGAUGACCUAGUCAUAAUAGGUGGUGACUUAAAUACUCAUAUGAGAAAAGCAAGAGAUAGCUACAAAAGGCAUCAUGGUGGUUUUGGAUAUGGAGAAAGAAAUGAUGAAGGAGAGCAUAUAAAAUUGAAACCAGGCAUCAAAAAAGGUAAAUUAAAAACAAUGACAGAUGCCCUUGCAAUCAAUGCAAACAUUGAAACAAUAGAUUCCUCACAAGUCAGUGAAAAAAUGUGGACAGAUCUUUCAUCCCGAUUAAUAGACACUGCCAAAUCGACAUUAGGCUUGACAAGGGGAGGUAACAAAUCAUACAAAGAACUAUGGUGGUGGAAUGAAGAGGACAAAAUACAAAAAAUCCAAAAGAAUAUAGCUACAGAGGCGGUGGCUAGGGCCAAAGGAAUGGCAUACGAUGACAUGUACGAAGAACUACAUACAAAAGAGGGGCAAAAUAAAGUAUACAGAUUAGCCAUACAGCGAGAAAAGAAUUCUAGAGAUAUAAAUGGAGCUCCGAAAGAGCUUCUCAACUUUAAUCCCCACAUACUACAGCUAGUUGAACACUCCCCAUGUCACCUUGUACAACCAAUAACAGAACAAGAAAUAAUCACAUGCAUCAAGCAUAUGAAAAACAACAAAGCUAGAGGUCUAGAUGAUAUCCAAUAG